AUGAUAUUUCAUUAAAUGUAAUUCAGAAUAAACAUUAUUAUACAUUAAUUUUGUCAUCUGCUGAAGCUCAAUGUUUCUUAUGUUUUACUGAUGCAGUAAUUAAGCAAAGCAAACUAACACGUGUCACACAUGUCUAAUUACAUGUUACAAGAAAUAAUGCAAAUAAUGAAGAUUGUCAGGAGCCAUGGUGUAACAGCAGGUCACUAGUUUGUGGACUUCUGUUCAGAAGAAUCUUGCAGUAAACUCAAGUUAAAACCUUUAAUGUGUCUAAAAGUCAUUUCACAACAUGUGUCUGAUCUUUUGAUUAGAUUCCUUGGUACAGAGCCGAAAGCGUCAAAGUUUCCUGUGAUGGUGAGAUAAAGAAGUCACCUCCCUCCAGCCACUAAUGACAAGCUGCUGAUGAGGGUUAAUAUAGAGAUAAUCGGGUGAGAGGUGUCAGUGUUUGCUCGUCCUCAGAGCAGAAUGGCUGCAGUCGCAGAGCUCUCCUUCCUGCUGUUUGCUCUCAUCAACAACAUUCAUGCAGAAGAACGUAUCUUCAUCGAAAGGGAAUCAGACUCUUUCACCUUCAGACUCCCUGAGGACGCCGACUCCUGCCUGAUCUCCAGAUUUGUUGGUGAGGAGAAGCUCGUCCUGUGGAAUACCUCUGCCCUCUGGUCCCAGAACUCCACAGUACCUGAAGACUUGAAACAACGACUGUCAGUUGUCACCAGCAACAGUAUUUCUUCUUACAUGAUCCAGAACCUGACCCACUCAGACUCCGUCAGAGCUGGAGAAACAGUGGACCUGCCAUGUGAGGGAGCAGCUGACAAUCUGGACAUCCAGUGGCUCAAGAGUGAUUCUGGAUAUUGGACCAGCUUCUGGACAAGAGUUUUUGAGGACAGUGUAACAUCGGUGAUGGACAAUGUUGAAGGAAGAUCCCAAGAGGUGAAAACCUCAUCAGGACUUCGUAUUUACAACCUCACGUUAACAAAGUUCAAUUAUUACGCCUGUCUGGUGAUGAACCAACAGCAGUGUGUCAGCAGUCACUCUGUACAGUUAAACCUACUAGAUGAGUCGAUCCUCCACACAGUGGGAGAGACAGCUGUGUUACAGUGUCCUGCUGCUGAGUUCACUGACGACCAGCUUCCACUUUGGAGGGUGACUAAUGUGAUAUCGUCCACCUCAGAGGCGGGAAAAAACUACUCACUGGUGGUUUCAUCACUUCAGUUAAAUGACUCAGGUUAUUACGAUUGUGAAAUCUACAACCAUUUUCAACGGUAUUACCUGGUGGUGUGCCCCAAACCUGGCCCACCUGCUGUCGAGCUCUUCUCAGAAGGAGACAACGUCACUUUCAGAUGCAGAGGUCGGAUAGAGGGUUGGGGGUACCACUGGUGGAUCAAGACAAACCAAACAGAAGACAGACUCUUGAGUGAAUCUAAUUUAGCACCUGAUUCUGAUCUGCAGAGCAGACUGAGCAGAUUUAGAGAAGAUGGCUUGAUGAUUCUUUCUAAUGUCUCACUGGAAGACACAGGAGAGUAUUUGUGUUCCGUUUCUGGCCCAGAUGGACCGUGUAUGUCAUUGUCCAGAACUGUUCUGAAGUCCAGAGAGCCCUCUGGGAUGGACUUCACCCUCUACACAGUGAGGUCCUCACUGCUCCCUGGUCUGCUGGUGAUCCUCUGUGUUGUUGUGGUGGCUGUGAACCAGAGGACCAGGGGAGGAGAGCAGCGUCCAGCUCAGACAGACACUUAAUAAACAAACUGUAUGUUCAUACUUACUCAUCAUCAUGGUUUAUCACCUGUUGUACAUGUAAGUACUCAUUUCAUCUUUAAUACAGGAGGUUCUAUAUUAUAUUAUAUCAUAUUAUUACCAUUUUUUGGCCUUUUCUGGCUUUAUUUAUAGUACAGCUGAAGAGUGUGACAGGAAACGGGGUAAGAGAGGGGGAGUGACACGCAGCAAGGGGACCCGGGCUGGGAGUCGAACCCAGGUCUGUAUUGUAUUAUGUAAU